AUGAUACCUCCCAAAGCCCCACCUCUGACCUCUGACCCCCCCCCCCCCCCUUCCUCUAGGUGCCUCUGGAACUAUGAAGAAUGCUCGCUCCCGCCUAGUCUGGGAAGUGUCCUUCAGCAUCGCAGUCCUGCUGGGCUGCCCGGCUUUCCACGUGACCCCCAGCAGGACGCCCACCUCUGGUCUGGGACAGCCGAGUGGCCAUGGCUCCAAGAGGCUGUGUCCUCAACUAACCUGGAGGGCUGUGUGUGCUGGGGCCACGUGGUCAGACCGACCCCCGGCCCUGGGUUUGGACUGCAGAGCCGCUGGGACCCAGGGAGAGGACAGCCCCCGGCGAGUGUGUGGAGAGAGCCUGGCCUGUCACCAGCUUACAUGAUCCUGGGCCAGUCCCUGACCCCCGCAGACCGCGGGGCCAGCGAGCCGGACUUUGCAGUGCAGCUGGCCGGGCAAGGCACCACCGGCGGCUUUGAAGACCCGGCAGCUCCCGGACCACGCAGACAGGCUGUCCAGGCCUCAGGGUGGCCCUUCAGUCUCUGA